AUGGUGACUGGACUUGUUCUGCUUCACGCUCUGACUACCUUACUAGCUAGCAGGCUAGUCAUUAGUGCAUAUCUAGGAAAGGUCGAUCACGUGAGAGAACUCGCGGAUGGCGGUGGGUCCGGAGAUCUUGGAAAAGACGAUCACGUGAGAGAACUCGCGGAUAGCGGAGGGUCCGGAGAUCUUGGAAAAGACGAUCACGUGAGGGAACUCCCGGAUGGCGGAGGAUCAGGAGAUCUUGGCAAAGACGAUCACGCGAGAGAACUCGCGGAUGACGGAGGGUCCGGGGAUCUUGGAAAAGACGAUCACGUGAGAGAACUCGCGGAUAGCGGAGGGUCCGGAGAUCUUGGAAAAGACGAUCACGUGAGGGAACUCCCGGAUGGCGGAGGAUCAGGGGAUCUUGGCAAAGACGAUCACGUGAGAGAACUCGCGGAUGACGGAGGGUCCGGGGAUCUUGGAAAAGACGAUCACGUGAGAGAACUCGCGGAUAGCGGAGGGUCCGGAGAUCUUGGAAAAGACGAUCACGUGAGGAAACUUUAUAAUCAUUGA